AAACCAUUCAUCGCUGAGGAAGCAUUUCUCAACUCAUCGCAAUGAUCAACAUCAUAGUACUAAUCUGCUUAGCCGUAAUUGCUACCCCCAGUGAGUCUUAUCGGGCUCCGGUGUAUUCAUUUCCCGUUGAGCACGAGAAUGACUAUUUUGAUUGUUUAGAAGACGUUGCUCAUAGCUCAGAGGAAGCUGAUCAAAUCCCAGAGGAAGUUCCUAAAAAUCAAGAAGAAGCAGCUCAAAAUUCAGACGACACUGCUCAGAACCCAGACCUUCGAAUCGGAAGUCUAGGAAAUAAUACAUCACCUAGUGAGCGUUCAAAUCAACAACAAAUGAAUAAAUCCACUUCGUUAGAAGCAUCGUCAUCUGCACAGCAGAAUGGUCAUAAAAUUCAUAAAAAUUUUCACGGGCUUGGACGGUAAAAAAGAAUUUAACUAAGCAUUUAAUAAAUCUACAUUGUAAGACUAUGACAGCAGGUCAAAAGGCUCACACUAUAGCGCACCUUUCUAGUGACUCACGCGAACUUGAAACCGUCACGCUUCGAUCAGUCCAAAUCUCUGGCAGUCAUGAGGUUCCGCCUUAUAUCGUUUGAACCGGUCGCUGACUUUAUCGAUCUGCACUGACCUUAUUCGGCUGAAUUGUCUGAACUUGAAAUUCAAUCACACAUCAAAACAAUACCGACUGCAGAAACGAAAGCAAACCGACGGCGCGCUGAUUCGGUAUGCAAAUAUUGACCAUCAUCA